AGAUGUCUUCAAGCUUCCCGGGUAUCGCCGGUCCUGCAGGGUAAAACAAUAUUUGACGCUGCACAUAGUUAAAGCGAAAUGAAACACGAAUGGUGGCUGUGUUUCGCGUUGGUUUGUGUAGUGGUGAAGGGGAAAUAUAGUCAAAGGGAAAGGGAUUGGUCGCCUAAUCCGACCACUUUUAACAUCGGCGGUGUGUUGAGCACUAAUGACAGUAAAGCUUUGUUUAAGGAAACUAUAGAUCACCUCAACUUUGAUUCAACAUUUGUUCCCAAAGGAGUGACAUAUUACAACACUGCGAUUUUAAUGGAUCCCAAUCCAAUCAGGACAGCUUUAAAUGUUUGCAAAUAUCUCAUAUCGAAGCAGGUGUACGCUGUUGUUGUGUCCCAUCCUCUUACAGGAGACCUCUCACCUGCUGCUGUAUCAUACACCAGCGGUUUCUACCAUAUUCCCGUUAUAGGCAUUUCAUCUAGAGAUUCCGCUUUUUCCGAUAAGAAUAUCCAUGUGUCAUUUCUAAGAACAGUGCCGCCAUAUUCCCAUCAGGCAGACGUCUGGGUAGAGAUGCUUAAGCAUUUUAAUUACAAAAAAGUCAUAUUCAUUCAUAGUUCCGACACUGACGGCAGAGCUUUACUGGGGAGAUUUCAAACCACCUCUCAAAGUCUGGAAGAUGAUAUUGAAAUCAAAGUCCAAGUAGAAUCAGUUAUAGAGUUUGAGACAGGCCUAGAUAGCUUCAGAGAACAACUUUUGGAAAUGAAGAACGCUCAAGCCAGGGUAUACCUUAUGUACGCAAAUAAAAACGAUGCAAAAGUAAUAUUCAGAGAUGCAGCAGUGUUGAAUAUGACGGACACUGGCUAUGCCUGGAUUGUGACAGAGCAGGCUCUGGAAGCAGAUAAUGUUCCAGAAGGAAUACUAGGUUUGAAGCUGGUUAAUGCCACCAAUGAAAAGGCUCAUAUCCGAGACAGUAUAUACGUCUUAGCCUCAGCUCUGAGGGAUAUGAAUCAAAGCAAGGAAAUAACAGCCGCUCCGAAGGAUUGUGACAACUCUGGAUCGAUUUGGGAGACUGGGAAGGACCUAUUCAAUUUCGUAAGGAAGCAAGUGCUGAUCAACGGUGAAACAGGAAAAGUAGCCUUUGACGAUCAAGGAGAUCGGAUUAACGCUGAGUACAACAUUGUCAAUAUCCAGAGAAAGAAGAAGAAGGUUGUCGUUGGAAAACACUUUUUCAAUCGGGAAACAAAUAAAAUGCAUUUGACAGUUGACGAGAAGAUAAUCAUGUGGCCUGGCAGGAAAAACGUAAAGCCUGAGGGUUUCAUGAUUCCCACCCACCUGAAAGUGCUAACGAUCGAGGAAAAACCGUUUGUUUACGUGAGGAAAUUGGAAGGUUUAGGCACGUGCGGUGAGGAGGAGAUACCCUGUCCCCAUUUUAAUGAGACACACGACAUUACAGCCAAGUACUGUUGCAAGGGCUACUGUAUGGACCUCCUAAAGGAACUUUCCAGAAAGAUCAAUUUUACCUACAGUCUAGCCUUAUCACCUGACGGUCAAUUCGGCAACUACCUCAUUAAAAACACGUCGGGCAGUGGCAAGAAAGAAUGGACAGGUCUGAUUGGAGAACUGGUCAGUGAAAGGGCUGACAUGAUAGUUGCUCCGUUGACCAUCAACCCAGAAAGGGCCGAAUUUAUCGAGUUUAGCAAACCGUUCAAAUACCAAGGCAUUACUAUAUUAGAAAAGAAGCCAUCCAGGUCCUCAACUUUGGUAUCAUUUUUGCAACCGUUUAGCAACACAUUAUGGAUUCUUGUAAUGGUCUCAGUACAUGUAGUAGCACUAGUCCUGUACCUUCUGGACAGGUUCUCACCUUUUGGAAGGUUUAAACUGGCUAACACCGACGGUACUGAAGAAGAUGCUUUGAACCUUUCCAGUGCCAUUUGGUUUGCUUGGGGUGUACUUCUGAACAGCGGAAUUGGUGAAGGAACUCCUAGAAGUUUCUCAGCAAGAGUCCUAGGAAUGGUGUGGGCUGGUUUUGCCAUGAUCAUCGUAGCCUCCUACACUGCCAACUUGGCGGCCUUCCUAGUGUUGGAAAGACCCAAAACGAAACUGACUGGUAUCAAUGAUGCUAGACUUAGGAACACCAUGGAGAAUCUGACUUGCGCCACAGUUAAAGGAUCCGCUGUUGAUAUGUAUUUUAGAAGACAAGUUGAAUUGUCCAAUAUGUAUCGUACUAUGGAAGCUAAUAAUUAUGAUACAGCUGAAAAAGCUAUUGCUGAUGUCAAGGAUGGAAAUCUUAUGGCAUUUAUAUGGGACAGUUCACGGUUAGAAUUUGAAGCUGCCCAAGAUUGUGAAUUGGUCACAGCUGGAGAAUUAUUUGGUAGAUCUGGAUAUGGUAUAGGACUACAGAAAGGAUCACCAUGGGCUGAUGACGUUACAUUAGCGAUUUUAGAUUUUCACGAAGGUGGCUUUAUGGAGAGCCUGGAUAACAAAUGGAUCCUGCAAGGAAACACCCAGCAAUGUGAACAAUUUGAAAAGACUCCAAAUACUCUAGGUUUGAAAAAUAUGGCGGGGGUGUUUAUUUUGGUGGGUGCCGGUAUCAUAGGAGGCAUGGGCUUGAUAGUUAUAGAGAUGGUGUACAAAAAACAUCAAAUGAAGAAACAGAAACGGAUGGAAUUGGCCAGACAUGCUGCUGAUAAGUGGAGGGGAUGUGUUGAGAAACGAAAAACCCUAAGAGCUUCCUCUGGACUACAACGACGUAUCAAAUCAAACGGUGUAAAUGAAGCCGUCACAAUAUCCCACGUAGUGGACAAGUUCCAGAGAGUAGGCCAACUGACAGGCCCAGAAAGAGCCUGGCCCGGCGACACUGACAUAAGACAGAGGCGUACCGAAGAAGGCGGUGGUCCGCAGCCUAUACCUAGGUAUUUGCCUGGGUAUACCUGGGACGUAUCCCACCUCGUUGUUUAAACCUAGUCGUUGUUGUGGCCUCGUUUUUAUUCAUUUGUUAUCGUUUAUUAUGAAAUAUUUAGAUAGUUUAAUUGUUGUAAGCAAUGUUAGGGUUAAGGGAAAAUAUAUUAAAAAAUAAAACUACAUAGAUUUUG